AUGGGCAUUGACGAAACGGAAGUGAUUAGCUCAGGCAAUGUGAGCGAUCUCGAGAUUGAUCCGGCGAGGGAGAGGCGUCUCGUGAGGAAGCUGGACCUAUGGCUGUCACCGAUGAUGAUCAUGCUGUUCCUGAUGUCCUACCUGGAUCGUAGUAACAUUGGCAACGCAGCAAUCGCUGGGCUGAAUGAGGACCUCGACCUGGAUGGCAACAAGCUCAACGUCGCAGUGACAAUACCGUGCUCUCUCAUCCUCAAGAAAGCCCGUCCGUCUCGCUUUAUUCCGUUCUUCGUGAUCAGUUGGUCCUUGGUCGUCAUCGGCAGUGCCUUCAUGCAGAAUUACGCUACGCUCUUGGCCACGCGACUUCUACUGGGUGCAUUUGAGUCAGGGUUAUUUCCAUGCCUGACCCUCUACCUCAGCACCUUUUACAAGCCAUCGGAACAGGCCCAGAGGAUCUCAUACCUGUUCGUGGCGUCCGCUCUAUCUGGCGCAUUUGGAGGUCUGCUAGCAUAUGGACUGACCGGGCUGAGCGGUGCGCUGGCCGGCUGGAGGUGGCUAUUUCUGGUUGAGGGUCUUAUCUCGAUUGCAGUGGGAACCGCAUGUCUUGCUCUUCUCCCAGACUCGCCAGAAACAGCACGGUGGCUGAAUGAGGACGACAAGAAAUUGAUGCGAAUCCGUCACCAACAAGUCUCCAUCUACCAAGGCGAGAGCGAGGUUUUCGAUCGUCAAGAGGUCAAGCUCGCCUUCACCGAUCCCAAGGUCUGGCUAAGCGCGGCUUGCCAAUUCUGCGCCAACACAUGCUCUUUCGGCUUCAGCACAUUUCUUCCGACUAUCAUCCGCGGCUUCGGUUUCAGCAGCGUCCGCACCCAGCUCCUGACGGUUCCGGUGUACCUGUGGGCAUCCUUCUUCUACCUGUCGAUAGCAUACUUCUCGGAUCUGGUUCGCAGGCGUGCAUUCUUCAUGGUUCCGUUGGCGUUGGUCACCGCAGUGGGCUACUGCAUGAUGCUGGGCGUUGAGAUGAGCAAUACCGCCGUGCUAUACUUCGCCACGUAUGCGACCGCCACAGGGAUAUAUUGCUGCGUCGGCUUGAAUGUAACCUGGAUCAGCAAUUCAAAUGCUGGCUACUACAAGCGAGCGACUGCGAUCGGAUUGCAGCAGACCAUUGGAAACAGCGCUGGGAUCAUGGCGGGCCAGAUUUACCGGCUGAAGAAUGGUGAUGGCAGAUAUGUAGUCGGACAUGCCGUGAGCGUAGCUGCGAUUGUCCUUGCUUCUGUCGGAUAUGCGAUCAUGUUCGGAGUCCUCGAUCGGGUCAAUAAGAGGAGAGAGCGAAUGACCGAAGCCGAGAGGGCAGCAUUGCUUGAUGGCGGCGUGAAAGGCGACAGGCAUCCAGACUUCCGAUACACACUGUAGUCGAAAACCGAAGGUUGCAAGACAAUGAACGGCAUCAGUCCUCGAACUUUAGCGCCUGCUUUCGUGCAAGCUCCGCAACGCUGCUGUCCUCAACUUCCGGGAUGAACUUGCGCAUGACCUGCUUGACAUACUCUUCCGGCACACCCUCCUUGAGAGCAUCCUUGAUGCCCUUGUUCAUGCGGUAAACGUACUCUGUUCUGCUCUUGCUUGGUGUCGUGAGCUUGCGAUUGAUGUAUACCAGCAUAUCGACCUUCUUUGGAUCCUUGCCACGAUCCGGCUUGUCACCAUGCUUCGCCUCCCAGAGCUCGCACUUCAAGAGCUCUUUCGUAUAUGCGAUAGGAAC